AUGGUUGUUCACGACGGCCACGAAUACCUCACCGAGGAAGAGAGACGUCUCAAAGAGGAUCGCGACCGUACCAAGUACUGGAAGAAAUGGGUCCGAGAGGAUUACAGUCAUGAUGGAGAUGCUUGGAGUCACUUUCCUCACGAACACGCUCGAUCGCGCGCAUUCCGUUGGGGUGAAGACGGUAUCGCCGGUGUCUGCGAUACUCAUGGCUACCAAAACAUUGGAUUCAGUUUCUGGAACGAGGAAGAUGACUUCCUCAAGGAGCGUCUUUUCGGUCUCUCAAAUCCCCAGGGUAACCAUGGUGAAAGUGUCAAGGAAGCUCACUUCCACGUCGACAACACUCCUCACUCUUACAUGAAAUUCCUCUACAAAUACCCACAGAAGAAGUUCCCUUACAAGGAUCUCAUUGACGAGAACGCUCGACGAGGAAAAGAAGAUAGGGAAUACCAGAUCACCGACACCGAUGCCUUUGACGAAGACAGAUACUGGGACAUCUUCAUUGAGACUGCAAAGGAUACCGAUGAUCCCGAUGAGAUGCUCUUCCGAGUCACUGCUUGGAAUCGAGGCCCUGACCCCGCGCCUCUCCACAUCAUUCCCCAGGUGUGGUUCCGCAACACCUGGAGCUGGGGUAGAGAGCCCGAGGAGAAGAAGCCUUCGAUAAAAUAUGCCGAUGAGACCUUUGCCAAGUCCAACCACUGGAGUUUGGGAGACCGCCACUUCCUGUGCUCCCCUUCGCCUGGUGUAGGCUCCAGCGGUGAAGAUGUCAUGCCCAAGUUCAUGUUCACUGAGAACGAGACCAACUUCAAGGCCCUGUACGAGCAAGAGAACAAGCAGCCAUAUGUCAAGGAUGCCUUCCAUCGCUACAUCGUUGACGGAGAGAAGGACGCCAUUAACCCUGCCAAGACUGGAACAAAGUGUGCUGCCUGGUUCAACUUUAACGAGGAUGGCGGUGUCAACCCUGGCGAAUGUGCCGUCGUUCGAUUCCGUUUCACCAAGCGCGACGAUGGCUACCUUGACGAAGAAGAGUUCGACGAUCUUAUCGAGCUGCGUAAGGAUGAGGCAGACGAGUUCUACUACAGACUCAGUCCUCUUCCCAUGGCUGAUGAUCUACGCAACAUCCAGCGACAAGCUUUCUCUGGUAUGAUGUGGACGAAGCAACACUACCAUUUCAUUUGGGACCACUGGGCGAAUGGUGACCCUACUAUGCCACCUCCCCCGGCUUCCCGAAAAGACAUUCGAAAUUCAGCCUGGAAACACAUGCACUGCGAUGACAUUCUAUCCAUGCCCGACUCAUGGGAGUACCCCUUCUUUGCUGCUUGGGAUAGUGCCUUCCACUGCAUCCCAUUGGCCAUGAUUGACCCCGACUUUGCAAAGAAGCAGCUUGACUUGUUCACUCGCGAGUGGUACUGUCAUCCCAACGGACAGCUCCCAGCAUACGAGUGGAAUUUCGGAGAUGUGAACCCCCCUGUUCAUGCCUGGGCAACCUUCAGAACAUUCAAGAUUGAGCGAAAGAUGUAUGGUCGUCAGGACAUUGACUUCCUCGAGCGUGUUUUCCAAAAGCUACUUCUCAACUUCACCUGGUGGGUCAACCGCAAGGAUGCUGAUGGAAAGAACGUCUUCGAGGGAGGCUUUUUGGGUCUCGACAACAUCGGUUUGUUCAACCGAUCUGAGCCUCUCCCUACUGGAGGUGUUCUAGAACAGGCAGACAGCACUGGAUGGAUGGCUUUCUACUGUCUUUCCAUGCUCAACAUUGCCCUCGAGCUGGCCAAGCACCGUCGCAUCUACGAAGAUAUUGCAUCCAAGUUCUUCGAGCACUUCAUUUUCAUUAGUGAUGCAAUGACCUUCCGAACCGGUCACAAGGAUGAGAAAUCUCUUUGGAACGAGGAAGACGGCUUCUACUAUGAUGCCAUCUCUUGGGGCGGCCCCUGGAUCCAGCAGCUCCCCGUGCGAUCGCUUGUGGGUUUGAUCCCUCUGUAUGCGACCAUCACUCUGGAACCAGAGUUGAUCAACAGACUCCCCUCAUUCAAGAAGAGAGUUGACUGGUUCAUUGAGAACCGAUGCGAUUUGGCUGAGAGAAACAUGGCCAGUAUCCGAAAGCGAGGAAAGGGCAACCGUAUUCUGUUGUCCAUCGUCAGCAAAGAUCGAUUGGAGAAGAUCCUGAAGCGCAUGCUCGACGAAGAUGAGUUCUUCAGUGACCACGGAAUCCGAUCGCUCUCCAAGUUCCACAAGGAGAACCCAUUCUCUAUGGAUGUCAAUGGCCAGAAAUUCUGCGUCGGAUACGUGCCAGGCGACUCAGAUAGUGGUCUGUUUGGCGGCAACAGUAACUGGAGAGGUCCUAUCUGGCUUUGUGUCAACUUCUUGCUUGUAGAGUCUCUACAGCGCUUCUUCCUCUUCUACGGACCUGAUUUCCAGGUUGAAUGCCCAACUGGUAGCGGAGACUACAUGCAUCUGGGCAAGGUAGCUGAGGAGAUCCAGCACCGCUUGCAACAUCUUUUCGCCCGUACCGACGACGGAAGACGUAGCAUCAACGGUGGCGAUGAUCGCCUGGAUUUCGAUGAACACUGGAAAGAUUACCUUUGGUUCCAUGAGUUCUUCGAUGGAGACGAUGGACGCGGCUUGGGAGCCACUCACCAAUGUGGAUGGACUGGACUCAUUGCUCGCAUGAUCCAUGAUACUGGUGUCAACUGCCGCCUGCCUCACACCCCUCGCACACCGUCAAUUGCUAUGGGUCAUUACUUUGAUGAUGUCUUCCAUCGCAAUGCUACAGGCGGCGGCCCCAACGGCAUGCCUCGCAUCAGGCGUUCAUCAACUGCUCGCUCCAUCGGCGCCCGCAGUGAUUUUGAGGAUGACACCCACUCUGUUACUGGCUCCGUCCAUCAUGACGAGGAACGAGCCAGAGAGCGUAGUGAAGCCGAUGCUCAUAUGCACAGCUACGUCUCUGACCAGCUCGAGAGAUAUAAGGAUGAGACCAAGUCGGGCAACUACGCCCAUGACGAUGAGUUCGAGACCAAGGCAUAA